AUGUAAACAAACAUGAAUAACACGCGUGGACAGUAACUGAACAGCAGCUGCUGUUAACAGUGUACAGCACCUGUUGUUAACAAUGUGCAGCACCUGUUAACAGUGUACAUCACCUGUUGUUAACAGUGUAUGUUCUGCACAAUAUUGGAAGCUGCCCAAUCAAAAUCGUAUUAUGCAUUAUGGGACAUCUCAUAAUGCACACAUUGUCAGGAAUUGUUCGGUCUUGUUCUGGAAUUACCCGAACAAUGUCACGAUCAAAGAUGGUAGUUGAGGCUGCAGAGAGGAACAAGGAGCCAAUCUUAAAGGUGCUGGAAGAUGUGGUCCCUGAGAAGCUUGGUAUAGACACUAACUUGUCAGCGCUGGAAAUAUCCUCAGGCAGUGGCCAACAUGUGGUACAUUUUGCAAAGACUUUUCCAAGCAUAACCUGGCAGCCAUCUGAUAUUGAUGACAAUUAUAUUGAGAGCAUAAAGGGAUAUAUUGCUGAUGAGAAGUUGGAAAAUGUGAAGAGCCCACUCAAGAUUGACAUUACUAAGCCUGUCAGUGAGUGGCCUCAAGUGUUUGCAGAGAAGUGCCUUGAUUUAAUAGUGAACAUCAACAUGGUGCACAUCACCCCCUGGCAGUGUACUGAAGGCUUGUUUGCUGCAGCUGGCAAGAUCCUCAAGACCAAUGGCAUCAUGGUCACUUAUGGACCAUAUGCCAUCCAUGGGGAGAUUACUCCAGAGAGUAAUGUUGCCUUUAAUGCCUCAUUGAAGAAACAAAAUGAGGAUUGGGGCCUGCGAGACAUUGAUGACCUGGAGAAGGAAGCCAAGAAGAAUGGUAUGACCUUUGAUGCCAUGUUCAACAUGCCUUCAAACAACAAAAUUCUUAUAUGGGUCAAGAAUGAACAGGUGUAAUAGGUGUUAGUGUUGGCCUUCAUGUCUUGUUACCUACUUGUGGGAAUACAAAAGUACAUUAAUGGCAUAAAUUUAAAGUAAAAAUAAAAAUUACUUAAGGUAAA